AUGAAAAAGAGUGAAAUAAUACGUUUAAUUGAGGAGAGUGAUGUGUACAAAAAUGACAACGAAGUUGUUAAAGAUGCUGUAGAUCAAAUAAUAGGGAAUAAAAACCAAAAAUCCGAUCAGGAUAGUGAAAUAGAACUAGAGCGUCUUAGAUUAGAGAGAGCUAAAAUAGAAUUACAAUUAGCGCAAUUAAGGGCUACUGAAAAUAGUACUCAGACUUCCGUUAAUGUAGAGAGUAAAACCGAACCAGAAGAGUCUCUGGAUAGCUUAUUAAAGUCUGUGAGAAUAUUGUGUAUUAAACCACCGAGCAAAGCUCAGGAUUGGGGUUUCUUUUUUACUUCGUUAGAGAGAGCACUUAAUACUAAAAAGGUUCCUGAGAAAUAUAAAGCAGAGAUUUUAUUAAAUUUAUUAAGAGAAAGAGCUUCUAACAUCCUGACUUAUAUUGCUGAGAAAGACUUAAAUAAUUAUGAAGAAAUUAAAUCAAUUGUACUAAGAGAAUUCGAGCCAACAGCGCAAGCGGUUUUAGAGAAUUUUAGAUAUGCUACUAGAGAUAAUGAAACUCAUGUGCAAUUCGCGUCAGGCUUAAUGACGAGUUUUGAAUAUUAUUUAAAAUUAAGGGGUGUUAAAGAUUUGGAGACCCUAAAACAAUUGAUAGUUUCGGAUAAAUUAUUCCAAACGCUGGAUAAAGAAACAGCAACUCAUAUUAAUAUUAGGCAAAAUCAAAAGUGGUUUACACCUCUCGAGUUAGGAAAAGAAUGUGAUCUUUAUUUUGCUUCCAAAGGAGGUAGCGUUUCGAGUUCAGUUAAAUUAAAUUCUAACUAUUGCGGUUUAAUAUGUGGAGCAGAAGAAUUAAAUUCAAACUUGAGAAAAUUUUGGGAGAUUGAGGAAAUGGGUAAUGAAUUACCUAAAAGUAAAGAGAAUGCUAUUUGUGAGGAGCAUUAUGCGCGAACACAUAGAAGAGAUGAGACAGGAAAAUAUACUGUGGCGAUGCCAUUUAAAGAGCAUUGUUCAUGUCUAGGGAAUUCAAGGGAUAUUGCUCUAAAACGACUCGAAUCGCUGUGGACUCGCCUGUCUAGAGACCAAAAAUAUCUGAAACUGUAUUCUGAUUUUCUGAAGGAGUAUGAGGAGUUAGGCCACAUGAGCGAGAUACAAGAUGAAAGUGUUGAACCUGAAGUGACAUAUUAUAUGCCUCAUCAUGGCAUCUAUAGGCCUCAAAAAACGACGACUAAACUACGUACUGUGUUUAAUGCGUCCACCUUGACUAGUAGUGGAAAAUCGCUCAACUCAAUUCAGUAUAACGGCGGAGUGAUUCAAGACGAUCUAUUUACAUUGCUAAUUAGAUUCAGAAAGCAUAUAUUUGCAUUUACUUCAGAUAUUCGUCAGAUGUAUCGUAUGAUCAAUAUAGAUGAGAGUCAAAGAAAUCUCCAAAGAAUUUUAUGGAAAGAGGGAGCUAAUGAGCCCGUUAAAACGUAUCAGCUAAAUACGGUUACCUACGGAACGGUUAGCGCUCCAUAUCUAGCCAUGAGAACACUUAAGCAAAUUUCCAUUGACGAGGGAAAAAACUUUCCAAGUGCUGCAUCAGUCUUGUGCCAUGAAUUUUAUAUGGACGACGUUUUAAGUGGAGCGAGUACAUUGGAAGAGACAAAAACUUUGCAACAUGAACUUGUUGGCAUUCUAAAAACUGCCCAGAUGUCAUUACACAAGUGGUGUGUAAAUACUUCCGAGCUUAUUCCUGCUACGGAGAAAGAGUAUGAGUUCUCAUCUACAGAUGAAAUUAAGACUUUAGGGAUUGCCUGGAAGGCUAAAACUGACUGCUUUACCUUUAAAGUAGAUUUACAGCAUAAUGUCUAUCCUACCAAAAGGUCGGUCUUAUCCAUUAUCGCCGGACUUUUUGAUCCACUUGGGUUACUUGGGCCAGUGAUCACAAAGGCAAAAAUAUUCAUGCAACAAUUGUGGUUGCUCAAGAUCGAUUGGGGUGAAAUGCUUCCCGAGAAAGAAGCUAGUGAAUGGCAAGAGUUUGUAACAUCUUUAAGAAACUUAAAUGACAUUAACAUAGAAAGAUGUAUUGUCAUUCCAAACGCGGAAGUGAAUGAGCUUCAUGGAUUCUGUGACGCGUCUGAAAAGGCACAUGGCGCUGCAAUCUACGCCAGAACAGUCGAUUCAGCGGGUGAAGUGAAAGUGAAGCUAAUCGCGAGUAAAUCUCGUGUGUCACCAAUCAAGCAGGUAACUAUACCUCGUUUAGAAUUAUGCAGUGCCGUUCUGCUCUCCAAAUUGAUGCGGAAGGUAAAAAAUGCAUUAAAAAUGGAUAUUACGUCAGUAUCGUAUUAUUCGGACUCUACAAUCGUGCUUUCGUGGAUGAGAAAAGAGUCACGAGACUUAAAAACAUUUGUUGCGAACAGAGUGGCUAUAAUUCAAGAAUCCACAGAAAUGAAUCAGUGGCAUCACGUUCCUUCCGAACAAAAUCCCGCUGACGUCAUUUCAAGAGGACUUGAUCCAACGAGAAUGCAACAAAGUGACUUAUGGUGGUUUGGUCCAAUAUUUCUCCAAGAACUGGUUGUGAGCUUUCCUGGUGAUUGCGACGACAUCCACGAUUCAUUGGACAGUUCUGUGCAGAACAGGGAUGUAGCUGCCUUUAAUUGUGAAAUAAAAGCCCUAAAAAAAGGUGAAAAUGUUAAUAAGAGUGAGGUAAGUUGCUUGAACCCAUUUCUAGACCCAAACGGUGUCUUACGUGUUGGAGGAAGACUAAGUAAUUCUGAUUUAUCAUAUGAUAAAAAGUUUCCCAUAUUACUUCCAAAGAAUCACAAAUUCACGUUGUUAGUUAUGCAAUAUUUUCAUCUUAAAUAUUUGCAUGUUGGUGCACAAACAUUGUUGUAUUUGGUAAGACGGGAAUAUUGGUCAUUAUCUGGCAGAAAUACAGCCAGAGAAAUUAUUCAUGAUUGUGUUAUUUGUGCUAAAACUAAACCUAGAACGGUAACCCAAAUUAUGGGAAAUCUCCCAACUAAUAGAGUUAAACCUAGUUAUCCUUUUACUCAUGUUGGGAUAGACUUUUGUGGACCUUUCUAUAUUAAAUACAAGGGUCAGAGGAAAGGAAAUUAUCAAAAAUGUUAUGUGGCUGUUUUCAUUUGCUUUGCUACUAAGGCAAUCCACUUGGAAAUAGUCACUGACUUAACUGCAGAGGCAAUGAUUGCCACUUUAAAGCGCUUUUUUAGCAGAAGAGGUGUUAGUUCCUCUAUCUGUUCUGAUAAUGCAACUAAUUUCAAAGGGGCCAAUUCAGAUUUGAAACGUUUGCAAAAUAUGAUUGGUAGACCCCCAGAGCCAUUAGCUAAUUACUUAACAACUGAACAAGUGACAUGGAAAUUUAUUCCACCAAGGUCACCUAACUUCGGUGGCUUAUGGGAGGCGGGUGAUAAAUCUUUCAAACACCAUUUAAAGAGAGUUGUUGGUAAUGCGCGUUUAACAAUGGAACAGUUUUUGACUAUUGUUAUUCAAAUUGAAGGUAUUCUAAACAGUCGCCCACUGACACCUUUGUCAUCAGAUCCAAACAAUUUUGAAAUUUUGACCCCAGGCCAUUUUUUAAUCGGCCGUCCCAUAAAUUGUAUUCCUGAUCCAGAUUAUUCAGAGAGAAAAGAUAAUCUUUUAUCUCAAUGGCAAAGAUUGAGCAAAAUGGUCCAAACAAUUUGGAAAAAAUGGAAAUUAGACUACUUAAAUAAUUUGCAAGCCAGACACAAAUGGCAUUUAGUUUAUAAUGAGGCUAAUAUUAUGCAAUCUGUUCAUACUUGUGGAACUCUAGAGGAGAAAAUCCUCUGA